AUGGCACCAAAAUCAUCUUCAAGACCCGCCCCAAAUAAUCAGACAGGAACAGGGUCGGCUAAUAAUGCGAUCGUACUCGACAGCAGCGAAGAGUCUAAUACUAAUGUCAAGAAGCAGACAGGAACAGGGUCGGCUAAUAAUGUGGUCGCACUCGACAGCAGCGACGAGUCUGAUACUAAUGUCAAAAAGCAGAAAGGUAGGGAAGAUGAGCCUGAAGUUCCUCCCGGACCAUUCACCGACUGGAGGUACUCUUUUUCCCGAAAUGGGCAUCCUAAAGGAUGGAAACUUGAGGACUUCCCAAAGACUCUGUAUCCCGAGGUUCAUCUCGAGAAGCCCCAAGAUACAUGGGGCAGGCGCCAAAAAGGUUACCCCCAUGUCGAAGAUAUCUAUUUCAUAGCCGGUAGAAAUGAUAGAAUGGAAGUUUCUACACUCAUAUACGGAUCGAACCAAUAUUGGCACACUGUUAAAGGUCACCAUCUGGCAUUUGUAAAUGAUGUUCUCCUUAACAAACAGCAUCCUAGACACACAUUGUAUACACAAAUCAAUGCGCGUCUAAGCCAGCGUGAUGAUGGGGGGCGUCUCGGUCGCAAGGCAAACCUCUGGAUGCGACUCAACACACCUUACGCUUGGCAGGAUGGAGAGAUUCUUCAAAUCACAGCUGAUCUAUACGAUGUUUUCAUCAUUCAAUAUGGAAUGUCCGAGGAUCAUUCCAAGGUCGAAAAUGUGCGAGUACGCGGGAACUACAACUCAACACACCUACUUGUCCGGUUCGUAGAUGAAAAUCACUAUGAACCCCUCAUUCCUGACGAGAUGCCUCUAUCCGAGUUCUCAUUCCCAGAAAUUACUCGGGAGAAUACAAAAGGCAAGACAUCUGUUCCUAUAUCGACACCGCGACAAGGAGCCACUGAUCUGAAUCAUCCCUGGAGAUCGCCCAUGUCGAGACAGGAAGUCCCAGAGCAACUCUUUCCCAAACCUCGUCUUCCGGAUAUGACCCCGCUUGAGUUCUCUAUCGUUUCUGGAUUCAAUACUACAGAUUCCCUCAUGGACUUGGAGCUUUAUGAAAAGGCUCGCGAGGCUGCUGCAGAAAAUCGAGGAUCAGGUCCUCCCACAGGAGAGACUACAGCUUCGGCAGGCGGUAACCCCACGCUUGUAUCGUUGUUGCACAAGCAAAAUUGA